AUGGGAAUUAAUGGCUUGCUUCCUUUGCUCAAAUCUAUUCAUAAACAAUGUAACCUCAGGAAGUUUGAGGGCAAGACUCUCGGAGUAGAUGCAUAUGGCUGGCUCCACCGUGGAACCGUCUCUUGUGCCAUGGAACUGGCUAUGGGGAAGCCAACGAGAAAGUUCGUCGAAUUUGCGAUGCAUCGGGUACGAAUGCUGCAACACUUUGGCGUUAUUCCUUUUAUAAUAUUCGAUGGGGAUUAUCUUCCCAGCAAAGCCGCCACUGAAGCAGAUAGAGAAAAACGACGAGAGCAGAGCAGGAAAGCAGGAAUGGAACUACUGAAUGCUGGAAAGCCUUCUCAAGCAUAUCUUGAGUUCCAGAAAGCUGUGGAUGUUACACCAGAGAUGGCGCGACAAUUGAUCGACGAGUUGAAAAAGACUGGAGUGCAGUACAUUGUUGCGCCAUACGAAGCAGACGCCCAGAUGGUAUAUCUGGAAAGAAAGGGAAUCAUCGAUGGGAUCCUCUCGGAAGACUCUGAUCUUCUGGUUUUCGGAGCGAAGUGUCUUUUGACGAAACUGGACCAGUAUGGAAACUGCAUCGAAGUCAACAAAGCAGACUUUUCUGCCUGCAAAGAGAUCACUCUCACCGGCUGGUCGGACCGUGAAUUCAGAACGAUGGCGAUUCUGAGUGGGUGUGAUUACCUUUCAAGUAUAAGCAACAUGGGCUUGAAAACCGCUUAUCGUAUGGUCCGCAAGCACAAAAAUAUCGAGAAGGUUCUCCGCAUGUUGCAGUUCGACGGAAAAUUCCACGUGCCAAAGACCUAUCUAGAUCAAUUUCGCCAGGCUGAACUCACCUUCUUACAUCAAAGAGUUUUCUGUCCUCGAGCUCGACGUCUCGUUCUUCACACAACACCAGAGCAACCCCUCGACCUCGACACAAUGCCUUUCCUUGGAGCAGAUGUUGAGCCUGAGAUCGCCCAAGGCGUAGCCAGGGGAGACCUCAACCCAAUGACCAAGCAGCCAAUCAUUCCUUCAAUGCAAGACAGUAUGGUCACCACAAUGGACCCCUGGGCCACUCCUCGUCCACGAGUCUACCAAAGCUCUGCCUCCUCAAUCGAUCUAAAGAAGGGUGUAUCAAUUAACACAUUCUUCCAGAGACGCACUCCUCUUGCUGAACUCGACAUCAACCUGUUCACUGGGUCUCCGGAACAGCAGGAUAUCCUCCGCCGCAACUCUGGUCCAUGGAUUGCUCGGCCUGCUCCUCCAGCCUCUGUCAACCGCUCCGUUUCUACACCACAGCUUCCUCAAUCAGCGCCACCAGCCACUCGAGUCCCAACUGGGCGUACCAAUCGAUCCCCCACCAUCUCUGAACCUCGUCCACAAAAGCGGGCUCGACUGUGUGCCGACAUCGAAACCAUCACUUCACCGAGCAAGAAGGUGGAGCUUGGUCCCAGUCGAUUCUUCAACAACGCCGCUGAACCUAGCCCAAGUGUGUGUAGAAAUGCUAGAAGCAAGAAGUCGAAGAAGCAAGACUUCAACAUCUUUUCCGAUGAUGGAAUUGAAGAGGCGAUGUUGAGUCUGGCUAAUGUCGAUGAUGGAGCACCCAUCGGCCGUAAGGCUGGUAAGAAGUUUGCUGUGUUCGAGGAGAUGGUCACUGCUCGGAGUCAGGCCAAUGCUGAGGCCAUUUCAGCCGUGGGCUCUAAAAGCCAGGGCACUGGAAUGGAAGUCCACGAAUGUCAGGGUAUUGUUCCUGGUUUGGCAUCUUCCUUGUCAAGCUGUAGCUCAACUCAACCACCCACACCGUCUUCGUGUAACAACUUGCCCACUUCGAUGGAGAAGGUGAAGGAAAAGUUCGCAUUCAGUGGACUGGUCGGCACACCGAAGUCGGGAAAUGGGAUUCCUGCUGCUCUCCCGACUCCGUCCUCGUUCCCUCGUCAGUCCAGAAUCCCCAUUGCUGUGAAGGCCACCACUUCGAGUCUAUCCUCCGUCUCAGCUGCCGCAACACGCAAGCCCCUGACACCUCUCCAACGUCUUGGUGCAACUGCAGCAAACCGCUUGAAGCUCCCGAUGACACCACCGAUGACACCCACCCUCCCAGUGAAGGCCCGAUCGCCCAGAAGUUCGUUGCUAAGAGUCAAUGCACCCUUCCCAGAAGUGCUUGUGGGGGAUGGUAUCAAGAAACAAGUGAUCGAUCCAACCUCAGUCCCCCUUCCAGAAGUCGACAAGAACGAGAUCAAAUCAUUGAGCAAGGGCACCGGCAGUGAAGAUUUGAUCAUUCACGACAGUGAGGAUGAUGAGGAGCUGAGCCCAUGCGGAGGAGAGGAAGGAACCAAAUCUCGAUUCGACUUCGGUCGUUUCGUGUACGCAAAGGCAUGA